CACUUCGAUAUGUAUCAAGCAAAACCGAAUUUACGAGCAGUGAUGUAAAUUUAAUCUAUGAAAUGUUCAAGCAACGUUUAGAAAGUAGAGCGGAAGAUAAGAAUUUAUUAAAAUCAUCACAAAAUAAGGCUCGACAGCUUUCCCAAGAGUUAGAAGAGUUAGACAUAAGCGAACCGGCAAUCAAAAAAUUUCUCGAUAGCCAAGAUUUAAAAUCAACCAAGGAUAAUGUCGAGCAUGGUCAUAAUAUUUUUAAAGAGAGAAGAAAUAACAAAUUGCUGAUUCAAUUUCAUGAAAGAAUGCGACAAGAUUAUGCUACCCUUUACGAACAAAGUAGAUUUUGCGACGUAACCGUUAAGAUCGGCGAUCAAACAUUCAUGGCACAUUAUUUAAUCCUGUACGAAUGCCUUAUCAAAAAGC